UCCAUCAACUCAAAUCUGCAGAUAGGAACCUUCGUCAUCGCUUUCCUCUCCCUGCAAUUUGCAACUCCAAUAAAUACCCUCCCUUUACUUCACUCUUCUUAUAUCUCCAAAAACUCUCUCUUCCAUUUCCAAAUUCGCUAGCGAAUGGAAAACUUCAAACCAAGAAAUCAAGUUUCCCAUAACACCCAGUACGUUCAUGAUGGAAAGAUAAUGCUCUGUACAGGAAUCAUCCUCUUCACAGCGAUAUCCAUCAUGAUUUGUUUCAACAGCCGCCGUCGCUGCCUACGUGAAAGCCAACUCUCGUCUUCCUCCAACACCGCCGCCACUGACAGUGUUGCUGCACAGGGUCUAGACCCGUCUACUUUAAAAAGUCUUCCCACUUUUGUUUAUAGCGCGAAAACUCAGGACGCAGUGGUAGAAUGCGCCGUUUGCUUAUCGGAAUUACAAGACGGCGAUGAAGGACGAGUGUUGCCUAAGUGUAAUCACGCCUUUCAUAUUUGUUGUAUCGACAUGUGGUUUCAUUCUCACUCUAACUGUCCGCUCUGUAGAGCCCCGGUUCAAUCAGGCAACGUUACUGAAAUUUGUACCGAAAGAGUAACACCAGUACUCGAAAAUGGCGGUAUAGAGAUGGAAUCUGGACGGAAGAAAAGAGAUGAGAGUGGUUGCUCUGCUUCAUCAUCGCCAGUCAGUUUAUCUUUAUCUACUCUAGAAUGCCAGAGAAAGUCAUUAGACCUGGUCACUAUACUCGUGGAGGUACCCACAGCCACUGGGGAGCAAAGGCCCUAAAGGGUUGGACCUUUUGGUGGACAUGGGCUUGGGUCGACCCAGACUUGAAAGUUCUAACUCUAGGUCACUGGUUGGUUCGGUUGUGUAAGUAAAAAAGGUGGAUGAUUUUGUAGGUAGCAAAUGCAAGUCUCGUAAAUUAUUGGCUCGUUUCAGUAGAGUUGAGUAUAUAUAACCAUUAUUAUUUUUGAGCUACAAAAGAUCGACCCCUAGUGUCAUAUUUUAACCA